GGGGGUGUAAAGGAAGUGACCCAGAACUCGCGACAGCACAGGGGCAUAUUUUCUCACUUCCUUCUACAGGAAAACUUCAAACUGACAAUGAAACGACCAUUUGUUACAGAAGAAAUGUAAAAGAUGUUGCAGACCGUAUUCUUCAUUAAGCUGCUGCUGCUGCGUUACGCAGCUCAGAGUCAGGUAGCCGACUGCAACCAAGACGUUUCACUCGAGUGUCCAUAUGACGACAUUGACGGCAGGGAUUUCCUCUCGGUGACAUGGUACAAGUUGAACAACGAGCAAAGAAUUGGCAUUAUCAGGAGAAAAAAAGGUUCCAACGAAACGCAGCCCUACAACUUCACCCGUCCAGCUAAGUUUGGAGAGAAAUACAGCUUGUUGCUUCCCGGUGUGACGCCUGAAGAUUCAGGCAGCUAUGAUUGUUCCAUCAGUGCGAAGAUAGGGGGUAAAAAUCUGAAUCAACAAAUAAACCUAACGAUUAAUGAGUGUGUGACCCAGGCUGAACAGUUCAAUGCGACUCUGCCGUCUCACGUCAAGGACGUCAAGGUCCUGCCAGUCAUGUGGAGCAUUCUUGGCUACGUGGCCGUGGGCCUCGUCAAAGUCCUUUUGUCUCUAAUCAGCAUUUGGAUUAUUCAAAUCUGGUCUUCAAGACGAUGGCAACACAGGUGGUGAAGCUGACUGCUCUGUUUAAACAUCAUGUCAAUACACAGACAGAUCUUUUUGUAUUUCUUUUGUAUUUGAUGUUUGAAGGAUUCAUGUAUUUAUUUUUUCUGUUCUCAAUUUGUAAGAACUGGAACAGACAUAAGAGGAUGUAGGAGGAUGAAAAAAACAGCACAAUCACGCUCAUAUGAUGUCACGUUAAAUUUACCUUUUUACAUUGUUCAGUGAUGACGCCACCAACACAACAGGCUAUAAAUUACAACGUUAAUCAAUUAAAACUAAAGUUUUGUAUUGCUUUAACUGGGCUGUUGAUGUAAAAUAAAACAUUUGUUCUGAC